UUACUUGAUUACAUCUGAAGUUUUGAAUGGUGAUUCAUACAAAUUACAAACAACACAAUAAAAUUAUUACAUUACUCAUAAGGAAUAUUUGAUUUUGUGCAUAUUUAUUACUUUUAAAAUGUUUUCGACAAAUCCCAACUAUUCAAAGCUAAAAACUCAUUUGAGAUUAGCUAUAAACCGCCUUAAAUUGCUAGAAAAAAAGAAAACUGAAUUAGCUCAAAAAUCUCGUAAAGAAAUAGCUGAAUAUAUUGCUGCUGGUAAAAGUGAACGUGCUAAAAUUCGUGUAGAACACAUAAUCAGAGAAGAUUAUAUGGUUGAGGCUAUGGAGAUAGUGGAAAUGUAUUGUGACUUGGUACUGGCUCGUUUUGGACUGGUGACGCAGAUGAAAGAACUAGAUGAGGGUCUUAGUGAAGCUAUAUCUACUCUUAUUUGGGUUGCUCCAAGGAUGCACACUGAUGUACAGGAACUUAAAAUAAUAUCUGAUUUAUUUACUGCAAAAUAUGGAAAAAUGUAUGCUGAUGCAUGCAGAAAUGAGAGUGUAAAUACUAUAAGUGAUAAACUGAAGCAUAAGAUGUCAGUACAAAGUCCACCUAAAAUACUCGUAGAGAAAUACCUGAUAGAAAUAGCUAAGAAUUAUAAUGUUGAAUACACACCUGAUGAGCAAGUUAUGCGUGAGGAAGAAAGCCGUGAUGCAAUGCUCAUAGAUAUAAAUGGACCACCAAAUCCUCCUGGAUUUAUAGGAUAUCCAACUCCUCCAAUGCCUCAAAUGCCUAAUUUGCCACCACCAACAGUGUCACCAUUCAAUUAUCCAUCCCAACCGUCUGGAGGUAAAGCUGGUGGUUUUGUUGCAACUCCCCCAAUGUUUGGGGGACCAAGUAAGCCCAUGGUUUAUAAUGUACCACCCGGUGUUGAUUCUGCAACUUUGAACAACAGCUUUUUACAGGAGGAAAUGAACAAUCUACCUCCUGCAUAUGACAGCAUCGCUCAUGAUUCGCCAGCACAUAUUCCAACACCACAGCCACGGUCCAAAGUGCCACCCAACAACUACUUUCCAGAGUUACCAGAGUUGCCGUCCGUGCCAUCUGAUUUGAUACUACCCUCAGUACCUCACAGUAGCAACUCCAAUGCCUCGAACGGCACAGAUGCGAGUGCACCCGAUGAGAUUGACUUUGAAGAUCUUAAUAGACGCUUUGAAGAAUUGAAGAAAAAGAAGUAAAUGCAUCGGUGUAAUUAAGAUUAAUUUUGUAUCGAAAUAUGUUUAUUGUUAUGUUAUUCUAUAGUUUUACGAGAAACUGGAAUCUUACGGUACUAAUGUCACAU